AUUUAGAGUGUAGGUAAAGUGGAAUUCUACUUUAUCUGUGUAUUGAAAUUGGUUUGACAGUUGUCAAAUCUCAUCAAAAAUUUGGCAACACAUUAAAUUUUGUUUUGCAUGCAAAACAUGUUAUUGAAGGUCUCCGCGAUCGGCCUCAUCUUUAUUUUAACCGUAAUAAAUACCGAGGAAGUCAACAAUGCAUUGCCCGAGCCAGAAACAAUCGAAAAACAAUCACUGACCGAAAAGUCCAAAAAACCAGAACUGUUCAGCUACAUCAGCAAUGGCGUUAGUUCAUUAUUCACCUCGAACACGACCAGCGUAAAUAUAACAAGCGAUUCAAAUGAUGAAACCAACUCGACACAAAAAUACGUCAAAUGUCUUCCAAAUUUGGGGAGCCAAGAGGUCCAAUUAGUAAAUGACACGGAGUUGAUUAAAUUAUUGUUGCCAGAUCAGAAUGUAACUCACAAAGACAAACCUGGAAAUUGUAUUUUGGUCUUGUUCUAUUCUAAACACUGUCCGUUUUCUAGCAUGGCUGCCCCCCAUUACAAUGCCUUGCCCAGAGCAUUUCCUGAUAUUAAAAUGGUCGCCAUUAAUGCCAUGAUGUACCACCUAUUCAACACUCAAAAUGGCAUUGUUGGUGUUCCUUCUUUGCUCCUGUUCCAUAAUGGAAGAGCUGCUGCCAAGUAUAAUGACUCUAAAUAUUCCUUGGACUUGUUUUCUAAAUUCAUAACAAGAAGCACUGGUAUUCAGGCCAUUGCCAAAAAGACUUUUGUAUCAUCUGCUGAUUUUGGGGGACCUGUUUAUAGUGUUCCUUCAAAGGAGUCUGAUACCUUUUUGGUUUUGUCCUGGAUCUUUUUGUAUUUAUGCGCUGGCUAUUACUUUACAAUGACGGAUACUUGGAGCUGGAUUGUUGAAACUGCAAAGAAAUAUUGGAGGGAAUCUGAAGCGCAUGCUGAACAUGAACAGGACCAUGAACAUGUGGACUAGAUUAUAAACUGUGAUUUGUUAACUUAUUUGUUUAAUAUUUAUCUUUUUGUACUUGAUGAGUUUUAAUUUUGUUGAUUAAAAAUCAAUAAAAUAUUUGUAGACUGUACAUUUAUUUUAUUAAUAAAAUUGUUAUUGUAAAAAAGAUAAUGUACACAUAUA